AGCGGUUGCCUUUGUACCUUAUUGAAGAAAUCAGCCCCUUAAUCUAUUUUUGUAUUAGUUCAUUAAUAGAGACCAAAGAUCAUUUAUUUUGCAAUUGCACAUAUACAAUCAAUAUCAUUGUUAUCCUGUCGUUCCGAUCGUGAAUCCAUUUAAUUUGGUACUCUUUUUCCCACUCAGGCUCACCAAUAAUACCUGAGAAAUGGAUAUCAAUAAAUCACCCAGCCCCCAACUGCUCCACAAGCUCUUGAAUACAGUCAAGCAAGAAAGCCCUAGUGUUUCAAUUUCUACUAGCAAAAAUACGAAACCAAAUUUGAAGUUGAAUAUGGGGAAGAAUCAUUCUCAGACUCCUCGAAGUUUAGCUUCUAUUUCCGGACCCUUUUCCCCCGGGAUUUUCACAUCCAAAAGGGUAUGGGUUAGGCGAACAAAUAGUACAGCUACUACGGUUAUGGUGAAUCAGAAUGAUAUAGUUGAUGAUUUGAAAACCCAUAUAGUCAACAAGUUUCCUAACGCACUAGGAAAGCAUUUUGAUUCAGCGGAACUUGUGAUAAAAAUCGACUUGCAUUCCAGAAAGCAAGCAGUUCCCGGAGUAUCCACCACAAAUGCCAAUGUUCCCACUCCUCCUCACAAGAAAAUGAAUGUAUGGGCGUCAGGACCUGAGGCUUCAAAAUCUUCAUCUUCGCCGUCGCAACAACAUCAGCACAACGCAUCUUUCAGUUUAAUGACACUAGAACCUGAUCAGAACGUCUGGAAUCUACUUGAUCUUUAUUUUCCUGGUGGAAUGAAUAUGAGUGACGCAUUCAUAAUAGAAACUCCAGAUGCAAAUGAGCCUUACGAGUUAGGGUCAACGUCUCCAGUUAACCAACAUCUUUAUGCUCCAGGUCACUAUUCUAACCAUCAAAUCAUUCAACAUACUCCACAAGCUAAAGAUCAAAAUACUUACAGAUCUGUAUCCCCAAACUCUGCAAAUUCUAGUCAGGGUUACUUUCACCCCAAACCACAAUACUUAUUGGGACAUAAUCAUAUCUAUCAUGAUAGAUCGGUAUCUCCAUCAAAUAAUCAAAAAGCUCUGCCAUUGCCAAGUGGAGUCAAUUUGCAUAGAAGAUCACACUCGAAUCCUCCACAAUCCCCCGUGUCUUCAAACAAUCUCAACUCAUCACAUCCUAACCAAAAGGCUCAUGCUUCAGGAACCAACCAAGCAGUGCUAUUAUUACCAAAGAACUUUUCUCUAUCAAAUUCAGCUUCUGGAGUCACCGACAAGAAACGGUUGAGUUUGGAUGAGAACUUUGUUAAGAAGAACAGAGACUCUGCAAUAUCGCCUAUAAAUAAGAACUUGACUAACCUUAAGAGCCCAGGAGGAAUAUUGGAGGAAGACACAGAGCCUUUUCCCCUGAUGAAACCAAAUUUACCCAAACUCGAUGUCACCACAGUGAAAAAUGAAUCUAGCUUGGAGAGUCCCAAUACUCCGACAGAUGCAAUACUUGUAGCUGACACUGAAAACAGGCUCUCUUUGAAUUCGGUUACUCAGUUGAAGAAACUGGGAGAAGAACAAUUGAAAAAUUUGGGUCCUGGUCCGAACAAUUUAGCCAACAAUGCUUCGUCCACAAAGACAUCCCCACCAUCAAACACAACCUCAAGUACAUCGAAUGGCACUCAUGAAAAAUCUGCAAAGGUCUCUAGAACCCUGUCAGGUUCGAAGAAGAACAUAUUGGGAACUUCUGCUACUGAAACUGUGUUACCUUCGAUUUCUGUAUUGGUGGUUGAAGAUAACGCCAUUAAUCAAGCCAUUUUAGGUGCGUUUUUGAGGAAACACAAGAUCCACUACGAGAUCGCUAAAAAUGGAGCUGAGGCCAUAACGAAAUGGAGAAAAGGAGGGUUCCAUUUAGUGUUGAUGGAUAUUCAAUUGCCAGUUAAGUCUGGUAUUGAAGCUACCAAAGAGAUUAGACACUUGGAGAGAAUUAAUAGAAUUGGUGUGUUUGCAGAAAAUGAAGUAAAUGGGUCCUUGUAUCCGAAUGAGUUGACUGACAGCGAAAAGUUAGAUAUGGACCUUUUCAGAUCCCCAGUGAUUAUUGUUGCGUUGACGGCUUCAUCAAACGCUUCGCUGGAUAGAAGCAAUGCACUUAGAGCCGGAUGUAAUGAUUAUUUAACGAAACCAGUAAAUUUGGUUUGGUUACAAAACAAAAUCACUGAAUGGGGUUGCAUGCAAGCUUUAAUUGACUUUGAUGGCUGGCGUAUCAAGAGAUCAAACUUCAAUGGAAGUUCUGCCAAAAUACUUGCAGCACAAAAGUCGAAAACAAGGUCAAGGUCAAGCUCUUACAACAAGGCCCAUUAAUGAUCUUUUAGUUAGAAACAAUAUUUAUAUAGCAUGAAAAUAUUUUGGAGCGUUUCCGCACUUUGAAA